UGGUUUCAGUCGCGAGCUGUUAAUCCAACAGCUCGUGAAGAAUCCCAUACAACUUUUGAGGGUCAGUGCGAAAGAUGUUUAUGACACGCUGGAAGUAUUUUUUGCCGAUUUUUCCGACGAGGUAAAAGGAAAUCUUGUCCUUUUUUCUGUUUUCCCAUCGGAGUUCACAGCUCAAGACAUUCAGUUUCUUUUUGAAGAUCCUUUACUCUGUGAAACAGUGAAGACUAGGAUGGUCAAGUAUGCUCUUCUUCAGAGGGACGCCGAUGGAAAGAUGAGGAUGCAUCCUCUGGUCCAAGCCUACUUCCGGACAGAGAAUGAAUCACCAGGCAAGGGUGACAUGUGGCGUGCCACACAGCGUAAAUUUAACCAUCAUUACCUUGGUCAACUGAGAGUCUUGGGCGAGGAUUUUAUUAGCAAAGAUUCAGCUUUGGUUGCGAUCCUUAAGUUUCGACAGCAGAAAGCCAACAUCAUGGAAGCGCUGAAGAAUUGUCUCGAAGACUCUAGCGAUUUAGAUGACAAAUAUUUCGUUUUAGACGUCGUAAACGGUACAGAAGUGCUGGAUUUUGUGGCAAAAGUUCUAACACCCCCUAAAGAGUGCACAAUGCUGUACCAGAAAUGCUGUGAUAUUGCUAAAGCGUCCGGCGACAAGAAGAGGCAUGCAGAGAGCUUGAAUUCACUGGGAUUCCGUCGUCUCUGUGACGUGGCUCACAGCAGAGACAGCCCAGAAGAAAACCAAGUCACACUUGCAAUGUUUCAGGAAGCAUAUGACAUGCGCAGGACACUACCAGAGGAGGAACAAAAGUCCCAAACUCAUGCGCACACUGCUAGUAAGCUCGGAGUAUGUUUUGUAUUGCAGGGAGAAGAAAAAAAAGGACGCAAGCUCAUACAGGAAGGAAUUUCAAUCAGAAAUUCUUUACGUGGCUGUUUGUAUGUUGCUGCUGGAUACUGUGACCUUGGAAAUUCUUAUCGACUGUGUGGAGACCAUCAAGAAGCAAUCGACAUUUGGAAAAAGAACACUCUGCCUGUUUACCAAGAGCAGCUUGGUGACCACCCCUGGACAGCUUCAAUUUUGUCCUUCAUCGCUGACUCGACGUACAAGGCCCUUACGACUGGAAGCCCUGAGCGAGGUGACAUCAACCAGGCUGAGAUGUACUUCAGGGAAGCUCAAGGGCUACGAAAGAGGCUGUUGGGUCACCAUCAGGAUACAGCUCGUUCGUGCGUACAGCUUAGCGAUGUCUUAUUCCUUCAAGGACAAUUCGAUGAGGCUUUAGAGGAGCUCAAUGAGGCCUUUGUAAUUCAAAAGGAUAUUUUGGGCCCUGAACACAAGAUCACGAAGGACACUGCGAGAAAAAUGAGUGACGUGAUGGACAAACGAGGAUCAAAUCCUUGUUAAUUGCAUAUUCUCAAAACUGAAACUCGAGGUAAAACUCUUGGGUCUUGGCAAACAGACUGAAGCAUGUGAUUAAAAGGGUAAUGUAGUAUUAUCAACUCAAUUGAUAAUAUUAAAUUACUAUGUUAUACUCUUCCACCGACUCAGCGCCGCAGUUUCUUCAGAAAAUUACCCCGGCCCUAUGUAAAUAGAUCUGAGGCCAACUAGUGUCUCAUCAGUGUUGCAAGGAAAUUUUAUAAAUUCAUUGGAGUAAUAAAUCAAGUGUUUGCCUUCUUUUAUCAUCGUUACGAACGAUUUUUAUAGUUGGGUUUAUUUCUGUCGUGUUUAUUGUGUUUCGGUAUAGGCAUCGACUUAUCCCACAAAAUGAAAGUAUAUUGUGAUACGUCAGAAGAAAAUUACUUUAGUCAUUGCUAAGAAGCCUUUCAAUACUUUUACUAACCCCAUAAGGAUUUUAAAAUAUUGCAGUUUCCUGCUAUUUAUUUGUUUCGAAUUGCGAAGUUUAUGGAGCACAAUUCAGGGAGUAAUCGUGCAAAUAAUCAGGCUUAGUUCGCCCUGAUUUGUAUGACUCUAAUUUCCAGAUGCAAGAAACUCAGCCAUAAAAUAUUUAAUGUCAGAACAGGCAUCAACCUAAAGUUAAUUUCAUCCAUUUUUCUUGUCUUCAAACUUAACCUGAGCAACUUACUCCCGAUAGAUUUUCCUUGAUUUUCAUUGGUUAGAAUAUGUAUGAGAUUUGAAUUUCAUUGGCUAGUUAACAACUAUUCAGAUGGAUGUGGCUAGUUGUGGGUUAUACCACCAUCGCUAGACAUCGACACUGAGGUGAAUAAUAGUUUUAGUAUAUACUAAAACGGUGACAUAAUAAAGCAGAAAAAUAUGA